AUGGGAGAAUACUUUCCCGGGAAUUGGGAAAGGCAAAUGCUGUAUGCCGAUACCGAUACCUUCACGUCAAAAAUGGUACAUUCUCGCGUCAACACGGUUGCCAUAUAUGUAAAAAGUACCGAGGAUUCAGUCACCAAACGAAAACGGACAGCACAUGCUGCAAUAGGAUGA